AUGCUGGAGAAGGUGGAUGAGAUGAUCAUCGGCGGCGGCAUGGCCUUCACCUUCCUCAAAGUGCUCAACAACAUGGAGAUCGGCAACUCUCUGUAUGACGAGGAGGGCGCCGGCAUCGUCAAGGACCUGAUGGCCAAGGCCGAGAAGAACGGCGUCAAGAUCACGCUGCCCGUCGACUUUGUCACCGCCGACAAGUUCGACGAGAAGGCCGCCACGGGUGGUGGGGGCGACACUGCCACCUGCUGUGCCAAGUGGAACACUGAGGACAAGGUCAGCCACGUCAGCACAGGAGGCGGAGCCAGCCUGGAACUGCUGGAAGGCAAAGUGCUUCCCGGAGUGGACGCCCUGAGCAACGUCUAAACUUCCUUCCCAUCGACCCGCUGACGUGUGUGAGCGCACGCGUGCGUGUUUGUGAGACAGAGAGAGCAUGUGAAUGUGUGUAUGCUGAGAGGUGAGUAGCAACUAAAACCAGACUGGUGUUAACUUGUGCAAAAAAAAAAAAAAAGAGGAAAAAACAACCCAAAAAAAAAAAGAUGCACACAGCCAGCGGGCUUUAUCGCACAUCAAAACUGUGACGAGUCGAACUUGUGCCUUAUUGGGACACGACUCGGCAACUACUAGAGUAGAUGGAUUAUUAAGGUGGAGGGUAUUUUUAUUUUUUUUUUUGCUGUGAUGAAAACUUGACAUCACUCCAGACUUCAGAAAGUGCGUGUUACUCUCCUCCAGUCAUUCCCUGCUAACUUGUGUGUAUUCACGGCAUCACUACUGAUACACAAGGAACGGUUCAUGUGGCGUUUGUGUACCUUCUGACCUCGGGUCGGUUCUGGUCGCCAGUUCAAGUUAAUAAAUGUCCCUAAAACCAU